AUGUACGAACUAUACGCCCGUCGUCCGGCGACGUUCGACCAAUGCAAAGACAUCACCGAUAUCUGCCCUGUUGAAGCAACAGUCCUGGGCUAUGUUCCCAACAAAGGCUCCAGCUAUUUCUUCACCAUCUGCUUCGCCGUUCUAUUCCUCUCUGCUGUGGGAAUAGGUGUUUGGAAGCGAACAUGGACGUACGCUGCGACCCUUGGAGCAGGUCUACUGCUUGAGACCGUCGGCUACAUUGGUCGUCUCCAAAUGAACCCUAAUCCUUGGAAGUCAUCGGCCUUCCAGACUCAGAUCUGCUGCAUCAUCAUCGCCCCGACUUUCAUCUGUGCCGCCAUCUACCUCACACUCAAGCACGUCGCCUUGGCUCUCAACCCGGCUCUCUCACGGUUCCAUCCUCGCUGGUACCCGAGAGUUUUCCUCCCCGCCGACUUGUCAUGUCUCAUCAUCCAGGCCAUCGGUGGUGGCAUCGCAGCAGCAGCCAAGCGUGACCAGCCCGACCUGGCUACCAACGGUAACAGGACCAUCAUCGCUGGUGUUGUUCUCCAAGUCGUUGUCCUGCUCGCCUUUGGUACAAUGGGAACCGACUACUACCUCCGCGUGAAGAAGUACAUGCACGGCUCCGACGUUGCCCCUGAGUCGCUGCGUGUCUGGCGCGAUAAGAAAUUCCGGCUGUUUGGCUUCGCUGUAACGGUUGCUUACUUUGCCAUUCUUACACGUUGCAUCUACCGGUUAGUCCCCUCAUUUUUUAAACUCCGGUGUUCCGGUAUUCCCAUGUUUCUGACAUCAGCUGACGCGAGAAAAUGCAGAAUUGCAGAGAUGGCUGGUGGUUGGGGUAACCACAUCAUGCAGGAUGAGCCUAGCUUCCUUGUACUUGACAGCACUCUUGUUCUUGUGACAGGCUUCUGUUUGACUGCUUUCCAUCCUGGUAUCUUCUUCCCCCAGAUGGCGGCUAAUAUGCGACGAAGCAAGACCACCGAGGGCGAGACACCUGCUGAGUCUUCUAGCGAAGAGAGAAAGGUUGAACACUCUCGCAAUGCUUAA